AUGAGUGAAGACAAAGGUUUAGGAGCGAGACGUCGUCAGCCGACUCUGAAGGGAUUGGAUUACAACCUGGACGUGAAGCGCAGACAACGCAAGGAGUCUUGCAGGUUUCUGAGGCUUAUGUCUGACAAGCUGAUUCAUCAUCUAACGUCGGAGGAUGUGACGGUCGGUGUAAUUCAUAAGGAGUACUCGGUAUGGUUAACGAGUUACGAGGAGUUUCUUGGUUUCCACAGGGAAUAUCAGAGUUUGCUGUCUUCAGAUGAGGAACGUGCUAAGGACAACGAGGCUCUCUUCUUGAAGCAUGAUAGUGUUUUCAGGGAUUGUAAAACGGCUGUGGAGGCAUGGCUGUUGGAACACGAUAAGCCACCCUCAACACGUAGGUCAGGGAGCGUCAGGAGUCAUUCCUCUAGUGGUUCGAAGAGAACGAACAUAAGUUAUUCUAAGAUGCAGGAGGCGACUAAGAAGGCUGAACUGUUAGCCAAGGUUUCUUCCCUGGAAAAGAAACGCACCUUGGAACGAAAACGGAUCGAUUUACAAAUCGAGGAGGAGGAACUUAUCAUCAAGACUGAAAUGGCAGUUUGUGACGCCAAAACUCAGGUUUUGGAGGAGUUCGAACAAAAGGAGAGUCUUUUCGCGGAGGCAACACGUCGAGUAGUCUUUAGGAGUCCUCCGUCUUCUCUUGUUCAGCCUGAGGGUGUUCUCGUUAGUGUUGCUGGUGGCAUCUCGGAACCAGUUAUGCCUUCAGCCGCGACCGCUUCUGUGUCUCAACAUGUGACGGAGUCAACUGUUACACCUGCUUUGGCUGUGCCCUUCUCCCAUCAUGCGUCUGCGCCGAAUGUUACGCCUGCAGCUAUAAACAUGCCUCUGCCCUCAGCUCAGUCUACGGUUUCUCGUCCAGUACCGCUGGUGCCAGUGCUAAUGUCAGUAUCAAGCACUGACACCACGCCUAGGAUGGCUGCUAGUUCCAUGUCUGACCAUGACAAUGUUCAGGAAACCAGUCCGAUCAGUCUAACUCUUACCAACGGUAUUUCUACGGUGUUAGAUCCGCACACAAGUGUUUCGGUUAAUCCCCCUAGUCCUGUGGCCAGGAUUAACAAGAUGCCGAGUUUGUGCACUCCAGAACUUCCACAAGUCGAUUGCAGUGGAGUGAUGACAAUUAUGAGGGAGCUUAAGAAGCCAGCUGCGGAGUUGCAUAAGUUUAGUGGCAAUCCGAUGGAGUAUGCACGGUUCAUAAGGUCAUUCAAUGCUAGGAUAAACGCUUAUACAGACUCCUACGAAGAGAAGAUGAACUAUUUGCUUCAGUAUACAAUGGGUGAGGCACACAAGAUCGUGUCAGGAUAUUCGAACCUGGAGGCUAAGCUUGGAUAUCAAGCGGUAUCAGAAGAGUUCCAGGAACGUUAUGGUGACAGUGAUGUUGUGUCUCAGGCCUACGUUAAGAAGGCAUUGUCAUGGCCUAGUAUCAGAUCAGACAAUGCCAAGGGGCUAGAUGAAUAUUCAAUCUUUUUGAGAGAAUGUCUGUAUGCCGUUGAAAACGUCAGUGGCGCUCAGGUGUUAGAUUACUCUGAGAACUUGAAACUGUUAGUGAAGAAGCUACCUGUCCAUCUCCAUGACAGGUGGCGCAACAUUGUGUUUGAUGUCAAGGGAAAGGACCAAGUUGUGAGGUUCAGUCAUCUUGUAGCUUUCGUUAGGAGAGAGGCUAGGAAAGCCAUUGAUCCCACUUACGGUAGGGAUGUGUUGUCAUCUUUUGGUACUUCGCAGGCUAGUCAAGGUAAACCUGCUGGAAGAGCACCAUCAGGGAAGCAGGAGCACGCUAGUAGAGCUUUUGCUACAAAUGCAGUCGAGAACAAGAAGCCUGCUUUUCAUACUUCACAACCUGGUUCCAGAGGGAGUGGUUCAAGUCAGAGGAGUGGGGAUAGUUCAACUGUGACCAAUGCAAGGCCAGCCUUUUCCAGACCGUGUAUGUUUUGCAAUAGUACUAAGCAUGCCAUGGAUGGAUGUUGUGAGAUGGUAAAACUUAACUUGAAGGAUCGCUAUGCUUUCCUCAGAUCGAAAGGGCUCUGCUAUGGAUGUCUUGAGCUGGGACAUCAGAGAGACAGUUGUAACCAGAAACUCACUUGCUUGCAUUGCAACAGACCCCACCCAUCUGUGUUACACUUGGAGCCUCGAUCUAAUCCUGUCAGUAGCUCUAGUGUCACGUUAGCCACAGCAUCAAGUCGAGAUAUGGGGGCCGGAGACAGCCGUCGUUCAGCCAUGGCUAUUGUUCCAGUCAAAGUUAGGAUGAGGGGUGGUAACAAGUGUGUAGAGACAUAUGCGCUUCUGGACUCAGGAAGCACUGCAAGCUUCUGUACAAUGGAACUCAUGAAAUCCUUGGGUGUCAAGGGGAGGAAGACGAAGAUAAAUAUUCGAACGAUGGGGCAUGAAAUUCUUCAGAACAGUUACGUAAUCUCAGAUUUGGAGGUCGUUAGCUUCAAUGAAAACAUUGUGACGGUGCUGCCGCCGGUCUUUACGCAGUUGAAGCUACCAGUUGACAGUGAUGCUGUGGUCACCUCAGAGGACAUUCAGAAAUGGUCUUAUUUGAAAGACAUCCCAUUGCAUACCAUAGACAGUGAUGUAGAACUCUUGAUUGGUGUUAACGUUCCCAUGAUGCUGCAGCCCCUGGAGGUUGUUCCUAGUCAGGAUAACGGUCCAUUCGCAGUGAGGACAGCUUUUGGUUGGGUAAUCAAUGGCCCUCUGGCAGCAUCUGAUGACAGAGAAGAAGCAUGUGGGUCAGCUGUUGUUAACAGAACCGAAGUGAGAACCAUCGCAAGUUUGGAGGAUCAAAUCCGUGAUCAUGUCGACCGCGACUUCAGUGAACGCGUCAUAGAUGACGAGAUUGAGCCGUCUCAGAAUGAUAAGCUGUUUCUAGAACGUGUUUCUCAAUCUAUCACAUUCGUUGAUGGUCACUAUAUCAUCGGUCUCCCAUUCAAGGACAUGAACACUAGGUUGCCCAAUAAUCGUCCUCAGGCCGUACAGCGUAUGGAAUCUUUGAAACGAAAGUUCAGAAAGGACAGUGACUUCCAUGACAAGUAUAAGACAUUCAUGGACAAGAUUUUGAGCAAUGAUUACGCCAGGGUUGCACCCUAUCAACCCCCAACUGGCAAAGUGUGGUACCUGCCACACCAUGGAGUUUUUCACCCCAAGAAGCAGAAACUAAGAGUAGUAUUUGACUGUUCAGCGCGCUACGGUGGCACAUCCUUGAACGAUCACCUGUUGCAAGGUCCUAAUCUCACCAACUCACUGCCAGGGACUUUACUCAGAUUUCGAGAGGAGGAGAUUGCUAUGAUGGCCGACAUAGAAUCGAUGUUUUAUAGAGUACGAGUACCUGAUGAGGAUGCCAACUACUUACGGUUUUUAUGGUGGGAAGAUGGUGAUCCGAGCAAAUCAAUGGUUGAACAUCAGAUGAUGGUUCAUAUAUUUGGCGCAGCUUCUUCGCCAAGCUGUGCAAACUACGCAUUGAGAAGAACUGCUGAGGACAAUAGAGGCGAAUUUCCUGAGGCUGCCAAAGUCGUAGAGCGAAAUUUCUAUGUCGACGAUUGCUUGAAGAGCAAGGUUCCUACAGCUGAGGCCAUAACAUUAGCAGAGGAUUUGCACAAGCUCUGCUGGAAAGGAGGUUUCAACCUGACUGCAUACAUUUCAAAUAAUCGGGAGGUCAUGGCUUCAAUUCCUGUGGAGUACUGGGCCAAGGAGGUGAAGGACUUAGACCUGCAGAAGAGCAGCCUACCGAUGGAGCGUGCACUAGGAGUGCAAUGGUGCGUUCAAAGUGACACUUUCAAUUUCAAAAUUGAGCCGAGGAAUAGACCGCCUACGCGUCGUGGGAUCCUUUCCACCGUAUACUCGAUUUACGAUCCCCUGGGGUUCCUUUCUCCAGUCAUUUUGAAAGCCAAGUGCUUGCUGCAGGAACUAUGUCGACUAAAGCUCAGCUGGGAUGAAGACAUUCCGGAGCCGCACCUCGGCCAGUGGAGUGCUUGGUUGGAGGACGUUACCAAGCUGGCCGACUUCAGCAUCAGGCGCUGUGUAAAACCUGAAGGUUUUGGUGAACUUGCAUCGGCUGAAUGCCAUCACUUCAGCGAUGCUUCGGAGUCAGGUUAUGGUGUCGCUACGUAUCUUCGUCUGAUCAACACCGAGGGACAUGUUCACUGUGGUCUCGUACAAGCAAAGUCCCGUGUCACACCACUCAAGCAAGUUACAAUAGUGAGAUUAGAGCUCACUGCUGCCACAGUUGCCGUCAAGAUUGACACCAUGCUUAGGAAAGAGUUUGAGAUUCCACUCCAGAAAUCCCACUUCUGGACUGAUAGCAUGUCGGUUAUCAAGUACAUAAGAAAUGAAACGUCAGGAUUCCAUACCUUCGUCGCAAACAGGCUCCAAGUCAUUCAUGAGGGAUCAGAUGUGAAGCAGUGGAGAUACAUCAGUUCAGCUCUGAAUCCUGCAGAUGAGGCUUCGAGAGGUCAAGGUGCCGAUGCUUUCCUACAGAACAGGCGCUGGUUAAACGGUCCUGACUUUCUCUGGGAGUCGCCGGAGUCAUGGCCUAUUGCACCCCCGUUGUCGACCACCUUGAGUAAGGAGGACCACGAGGUGAAGAGGAGUGUCGUUGCUGCCAGUAAUGUUCAGUCAGCAACCCCAUCGAGCGACAGUGUUGACAAGUUAAUCAGCUUCCACUCCUCAUGGUACACAUUGAAACGAGCCGUAGCUUGGAUCCUUAGAGUCAAGGAGAUGCUGGCGCACAGAGUCAGGAGCAGGAAUGAUGGUCAUCGGUGUAAACCAAUCGACUACUUGAGACCCCUCACUGUUCAGGAUCUAAAGGAAUCUGAGUGUGCUAUACUCAGGUUUUCUCAGCAGGCAGCAUUCGCUGAGGAAAUGAAGUCACUUGCGAGUGGGAGAGCUUGUGUUAAGCAGUCUAGUUCGUUACGAAAGCUAGACCCAGUUUUGGAUAACGGAUUACUACACGUUGGAGGUCGCUUGAGUAGGUCUGCUUUGCCUGUGGAGAGAAAAAGCCCUGUUAUUCUUCCAAAGAACAGUCAUGUUAGUAGGCUCAUUUUGCGCCAGAUUCACGCAGAGGUUAUGCAUGAGAAACGAAACCACAUGCUCUCUAGACUCAAUGAAAAGUACUGGUUGAUCCAUGCCCAGUCUGCAAUUCGUAAGAUCAUCGCCAAGUGUGUUGAAUGCAGGAAACGUGAAGCGAAAGUUGGAGAGCAGAAAAUGAGCGACUUGCCACAAGAAAGACUUACCGUUGAUGAACCGCCGUUUACAUCAGUUGGAUGUGAUUUGUUCGGACCCUUCGAAGUUAAAAGGGGUCGUGCCAUUGUGAAGCGAUAUGGGGUGCUUUUUACUUGCAUGACCAUCAGGGCGGUACAUCUGGAGAUUGCGGAUUCUUUGGAUACCGACUCGUAUAUCAAUGCAAUGCGCAGGUUUAUUGCUCGUAGAGGUCAGGUGAAGCGGAUGCGUUCUGACAAUGGGACAAAUUUGACGAGUGGUGAACGUGAACUGAGAGGUGCAAUCAAAGCUUGGAACAAAGCCCAAAUUCAUGAGUUUUUGCUCCAACAGAAUAUUGUGUGGGUCUUUAACCCUCCACUGGGAUCUCAUCACGGUGGAGUAUUUGAGAGACAGAUCCGUACUGUGAGGAAGUGUUUGAACAGUGUUCUUAAUGAACAGCGCGUGGUGAAUGAGGAAAGUCUGAGGACUCUGAUGUGUGAAGUUGAGGCUAUCGUCAAUGAUAGGCCUAUCACUAGGAUUUCGGACCAAUGCAAUGAUCUUGAGGCUUUGACGCCUAAUAUGCUGUUAACCAUGAAGGUUAAACCGAGGCUUCCUCCAGGACUGUUUAGUGCAGAUGAUAACUAUGGUCGACGUAGGUGGAGACAGGUACAGUACAUGUCGGACCUGUUCUGGAGAAGGUGGUCAAGAGAGUAUCUGACCCUGCUGCAGGAAAGGCAAAAGUGGACAUCUGCGCGCCGCAACCUAAAAGUUGGGGACAUUGUUUUGUUAGUGGAUGAUAGACUCCCACGUAAUUUAUGGCCACUUGGCCGUGUAAUUGAGACAAUGCCGGAUAGGCAAGGAUAUGUGCGCAGUGUAAAGGUCAAGACUCAGACUAACGUCUUGAUUCGUCCAAUCUCGAAGCUUAUCAUACUCUUGGAAAUGGACUAA